AUUACCUAAAGGUAAUUUUUUCCCUGCCCUAAAACAGCGCAUCUACCCAUCACGCUGUGCAGAAGCAAUUUAUUCACCUGCUGAUGUAAAUCUAGUGUGUUUGAUCAGUAAAAACUGUAAAACAUGCUUGAUAAGGACCCUCAAGUAACAGAGUGCCAUGUGGCACAUCACAGAUUCAUGCACAUACAGUUGGAACGUAAAAAUUGUUAUUGAAGUGUGUUUACAUUCUGAGGAUUAUGAACCUGUUGAGUGAUAGUGAAAUGUGAUGCAUUGCACCAGAUUUAGCUAGAAGCUAAUUUGCAAGUGCAGUCCUGAUUAAACCUGAGACUAAUAUAAUGUAUCACCAUGUACUUCUUCCACAGACACCAUCAUCUGAGACAGAGUGGAAGGUCAUCGCUAAAGACUUUGAAGACAAGUGGCAUUUUCCACAUUGCAUAGGGGCCAUAGAUGGGAAACACAUCUUCAUUCAACCCCCUGCCAACAGUGGAAGCACGUUUUAUAAUUACAAGUCAAGGUUUUCCAUCAUACUUAUGGCUGUAGUUGACGCAAAUUAUAGAUUUGUAUAUGCAAGUGCAGGGACACAAGGAAGGGCAUCUGAUGCUGGAGUGUUUGCCCAUUCUAAUCUCAGAGAGGCUAUGGACACAGGCACUCUGAAUGUCCCUCCUGAUGCAACCCUGCUAGGCACUGACUCCACGAUGCCAUAUGUGCUCAUUGGUGAUGAAGCAUAUCCCCUUAGGCCAGAUCUGAUGAAACCAUAUCCAUCACGAAACCUCAACCAUGAUCAAAGGAUUUUCAACUACAGGCUUUCCAGAGCACGCCAUGUUGUUGAGAACGCAUUUGGAAUUCUGGCCAAUCGCUUUUGCGUUUUCAGAACCACAAUUUGCCUGCAUCCAGACAAAGUUGUUGCAAUUGUUUUUGCAACACUUUGUCUCCACAACUUCCUCCGACAACAGAGAUCAGAUGCCUACACACCACCUGGCUAUGUGGAUUCUGAAGUUGCAAACCAUCAGCUGGUCAGUGGCACAUGGCGAAGUGAGGGAGCCCUUCAGUCAGUUUUGGCAAGCAGAUCUAGGAACCCCUCAGUGGAUGCUAAGAAACAAGGUGAUGUGUUAGCCCAGUACUUUGUCUCACCUGCAGGAAGAAUUUCCUGGCAGGAAAACAUGGUGUAGCUUCAUAUGCGUUAAACUUCUGUAAAUAAAGCGAGAGCAUUGGUUCCACUCAGUCAUUAGCUCAGAUGGUGUUCCUGUCUGGCUGUUAACUUUCUCUGAACAAGAACAAGACAUUGAUUAUGUGUACGGAACUGCAUUUAAAGGCUGAUUUCAACUCUUAGGGUGGAUUCUUUUGAAAAUUCAUAAUGUGUGGGAGUGGAGUGAUGCAUUUUCUUAUGUUUGUAACAUUUGUGAGCAGUACAUUAAAGAAUUUUUCAAAAGAGUUUUUAUUUAUGAAAACUAUUUAAACAAUGGCAGAUAAAAAAAACAGUAAUUUACAUAUUCACCAAACAACCUGUGUGGGAGAAAAAAGGGCAAACUUUCCCUUUUUAAGACAAAAUGAUUAAAAAAAUACUAAAACAAAGAUACUAUUGAUAAAAGUAAUUUACUAGUCUGAGUUGAGCAGGUGUCUGUAUGACAUUGGCGAUGGUGAUAGCAAAAAGUUGUCAUUCCGUGGUGGCUGGAACUGUUGCAUGUGGAAGGAAGGUGCAGGACUGACAUGUGGAACAGGACAUUGUCCAGCCUGUUCUACUUCUUGUGCAUCAUAAAUUAAGUUCAUGAUGCUUCUCCUGAGCCUCAGCUGUGAAUGUUUGUCCUUGACAUUCCGCAUUUGUUUCUUUGUUUGUUGCUUCCGCUUCCUAAAUUCCGCCCCUGCUUUCGUGUUUGCGCAUGCGCCGUGAGCGGUUCUGAUACUUUUUGGAUCGUAGCUGCUCGCAGUGCCGCUUCAACAGUGCGAUACCCUCACGAGGGACGAGCGAAAUUUCAAACACACCAGAAGUCCGUGCGACCUCACGACUGCUGAUCGGCAGCUGGUCACGUGGUGUUAAUCGCCUCUCGUAACCCCCUGUACACUACACGACCGCUCGGCGCAAAACUCGCCCCGAUGUCGUGGCUUCUCGCACGACUGGAAAAUCGGCUCAAAAAAGUGAAAAAGUCGCACAGUGUACGCCCGGCUUAAGAUGAAUUCUGGUUUUUGUUUUUCUAGAGUUGGGGUUAUAGAGGUUAGCGUUGAUGGAAAUUCUACCAUCUCAGAAGCACCCCAGGGAUUUGGAGAGAUGGGCUCUCCUGUCCGCUGGUCCAUUUGUGCUUAAUCAGCCCACCUCUAUGCCCCAUGAAGACUAGGGUGGAGAUCAGCUAGGACUCCUCCGAUUUAGCUAGAGGGAAUUCUUGUUAGACAAAAGACCUGGGAGUGUUUGAUAAAAGCCAUGGAGGACAAAGGUGAAAGAAAAAAAUGUUUGCAAAAAACACAUGUCAUUAAAAGUCCUUCAUGGGAUGGUUGAUAUCCCGGACGAGCCCCUAUUGUGUUAUCUUUAUAUAGAACAGUCAUUGUGGACAACACAGAAUAUGAUUGUACACCUGUAGAUUGAAAGAAAUCUUUUUGUGAGACCAAACUGAAUCAUUUUUAUUAAAAAGUGUAAAAGUCUUGUCUUCUGCAUUAGACCUUGGAGUUGCAGCUUCUUGUGUACAUGUGCAGAAAAGAAAAGAAAAUUUCACUGAUACACAUCCCUAGUUGACAGAGUGGUGUAUGACAGAGGAUUCCAAUCGUUAAGUUGAAUUUGCAGAUUAAGACGCAAUCACACAUUAAGUUACACUGGACCUUGGUUAGACUCUCAAC